UCUGCAACAACAGUACCGAGGUGCAGAGAGAGUGUGCGGAAAGUGUGUCUACCUAAACGGUUCGGGGAAAAUUCCUGCUUCUCGGUCGUUGGUUCAAAUCUACAUUACUAAUUACCCGCCCCACGGUAGCUUACUCAUCUCUGCACCAUCAUGGCAGUGUCCACCGUGGACGGGUUUAAUUCAUGGCUGAAUGCGAAGCUACGCGAUUUCAACACCGACGAGGGUGUGUUUGGGUCCUACAUAAUGGGCAUCCUCGAGGGCGACGAAAGCAUUGACGAGAAAACCGAAGGCCUAGAGGGAAUCUUGGCGGAAAUCAUAGAAUCUGAUUCGAGUAAAUUUAUCAAAGAAAUUCUUGACAAAUGGAAACAGUGUCAUCUGGCGGAAGAUGCAAGUGCUCCCAAGAUGAAGCUGGAUGUAGAUGAACAGUUGGCCAAGCUGCUGGAGAAUCAAAAGUUGGCCAAAAAGGUGGAACGGGAGUACACGGAAGAGGAACGACGGAUCAAGCAACAGAUCUUAUCGCAGUACAGCCAGCUUUCGGAAAGUGAACAUGAGGACGACGAUGUCGAUGAUGGAGCCGCAGCUAGUGCCGGAGGGGGAGGUGGAGCCGGCUCGUCCAACGGGGGCCUGUCGCGGAACACGAAUGCCGCCGAUGUUGCCGCCUUGGUAAGGGAGAAGCGUGAACAGGCUAAGCUCGAAAGUCAGCAAAAGAAGGACAAGGACAAGCAGGAUCGCGAGAAGCAGAAACAAUUGCGCGAAGACAAGAAAGAGAAACGCAAAACUGUGAAGGGGGAAAGAAGACGGUAGCGCCCUUGAACGGAGAUCAGCAAUUGUACAGUGCACAACGGUUUGGAAGUAAAUACAUGAUGGACGGAUAAACAAUAUCAAUAGAAACAGUUCUCAAAACUCGAUGUAAUUCGGUCUUAAAAAUAUAUGUU